UCUUCCGUUUGUUUGUUUGUAAAUAUCACGUGAGAGCAAUAUGGGAAAUACUAUUUUUACAAAAGAGUUGUACAAUUUGCUGCAUAUGGCUUGUAUGGAUGCCGAGGACUAAGUAAAGUCAGUACUAACCGCUAGAAAAACAAAAACCAAGUGUUAGCAUACGCGGAUUGAGCGAAUCGGCAAAAGGAGAGAAAUAUUGUUGUGACUAUCAGGGUUUGAUGCAUAAACCGAUAGCUGUGGGAAAGGUCUGCUGUAUUUCAAGGUGUUUCCACAACCUCAGGCUAAAACAACCAAUCCAUUAGAGACGGACGUUUUAGGAGUUCCUUCGGCUUAUGAUUAAUAGCAUCUGCUUUGGGCGCUUUUGUUGGACAGUUUGUCGGAACAGCUAGAGAUGAAGCGAAAGCAAGAAUGAGUGAUUUACCUAGAGUUCCAGAGACGCAGGAGACACAAACAAACGUACUAACAGCGAGAAAACAAGAUUCUAAAAGUAUGAAUGCCGUUUGCGUAGAGGAUCACAUUCCACGGAGACCACCUUCGCCCCACCCCCUCUCCCCUCAAACCAAGCGGGUUCCAGUCGCAAAGUUAAAAGCAGAGUCAACCCCGCCUCUUCUCGGUCGGCAGCAACUGAGCAUGCGUGUAAGAAGCGCAAGUAGUGUGUCAUGUCUGAGCAGUAGUCCUUUCAUCAGCCGUAGGCGGACGAAUUCCGAGUCACUCCAACGCAGUCCCUCGCAAAGCGCACGUCUUGCUACCGGGAUUCGCUAUACUUCCGCUAAAUUCAGCACAGCACAGCACCGAGUAUUCCGAACGUGCUCAUGUCCUUUGUUUAUGGAAGGUAAAUCUAGUACUAACUCUAAGUACGAGGAAUUCUCGUAUUACUUUAAGAGGAAGUUAAGACCUGGGACGCCUUUCUCAAGCACCGAGAGGUACCCAAGUAUACACUCAACCGUAAGCCCGCGAAUAGCAAGACCGCUGACGCCCAUCAAAAUGCCUUUAUAUUCAGCAACACGUGACUUCUACAACGUAAACCCGAUAACAGACGAGUCUCCAGUCUGCGGCAGCAUACCGGAAGUGGAGUCCCAUGAGCUGUACGUUGACGAGAAGGUGACUCGAUUCCUGCACAAUAUGCGCCUUGAAGAAGAGAGAGGGGUCGAGCACGUGGCAGAGGGCCUGGGACCAGCUAAGAGACGAUCCAAGACUACAUGACACCACGUGAUCAACGGUCACAUGACACUACUUAAUAUAGUCUAAACUAGUUUUUUUUAGAAGUGGGGGAUAAUUAGAUAGCAAACCU